GCUAUAAAAUUUCAUGUUUGCCACUCGAACUAAUUUAUUCCAUUUAUAUUCACUCGAAUUAGUUGAAUAGUCCAAGUUCGGUCACUCUCCGUUAACUUUCGUUAGACUCCAUUAAUGACGACCGUUAAGUGAUGACGUGGCUAACAGAAAAUCACAGUCAGCAUAAUUUAACACUAAAAAAUGAUGACCCGACCCGCCACGUCAUAUUUACCCGCCAUGUCAGCCCUUCUUACCCAAACCGCGAACCAACCCAAUUAAUUGACCCAAACCCAAACCCGAGACACAAACCCCUGAAAAAUAAACAGAGAUCGAGCCCUCGCCACCACUACCUUACUCCUUCGCCGUCGCAACCUCUCCGCAUCCGCAGUCACCUCCGAGCUCCCCACACUUGAACCAUCUGCCGACGCCGAACUACUCUCGCAGAUGCUCCUCCACCACCACAACCCUUUCCACGCCAUGGAAUCCUGCCUCCAGCUCAACGGAAUCUCGCUCACGCCUUCCCUCCUCCACCAGACCCUAAUCCGUCUCCGCCACAGCUCCAAGAUCGCCCUAUCCCUCUUCCACUACUCUCUCUCCCUCCCUUCUUCUCCGGCCACCUCCGCCGCUUACAACCUCAUGAUCGAUAUCCUCGCGAAGGCCAGCAUCGGCGUGGUGGAGCGAUGGGGCCGCUUCGAGCGAUUGGCCGACCCAGGGCUUCACUUCUUCAACCCCUUCGCCGGCCAGUGCCUCGCCGGAAUUCUCUCCACCAGGAUCAAGUCGCUCGACGUUCGCAUCGAAACCAAAACCAAGGAUAACGUGUUUGUGCAAUUGGUUUGCUCGAUUCAAUACCGAAUCGUCAGGGAAAACGCUGAUGACGCUUUCUACGAGCUAGCGAAUCCUCAAGAGCAGAUUCAGGCUUAUGUGUUUGAUGUGGUUCGAGCUCUAGUCCCGAGAAUGCCGUUGGAUGAUCUCUUUGAACAGAAAGGAGAGGUUGCUAAAUCAGUUCUGGAGGAAUUGGAGAAGGUGAUGAGUGCUUGUGGGUAUAACAUUGAGCAUAUGCUGAUGGUCGACAUUAUACCUGAUCCCUCUGUGCGGAAAGCCAUGAACGAGAUCAAUGCAGCUCAAAGGCUUCAACUUGCAAGCGUGUACAAAGGGGAAGCAGAGAAGAUUCUUUUGGUCAAGAAGGCAGAAGCUGAAGCCGAGGCGAAGUACCUUGGCGGAGUAGGAGUAGCCAAGCAGCGUCAGGCGAUCACCGAUGGACUGAGGGAGAACAUACUGAACUUUUCGCACAAGGUGACCGGCACUAGCGCCAAGGAAGUCAUGGACCUGAUCAUGGUGACUCAGUACUUUGACACGAUCAAGGACCUCGGCAACUCGUCCAAGAACACCACCGUGUUCAUCCCCCACGGCCCUGGUCACGUUCGGGACAUUGGUGACCAAAUACGCAAUGGCAUGAUGGAGGCAGCUGCCUGUGCAGAGGGGAACGAUUCUUAAUGCGAGAGAGAUGGCCUGAAAUAUAUUACAUAAUAGUGUUCUCACACGGGUUUUUUCCCGGUCCAAAUAAGAAGUAAGAAGUCUAGGUAUAUGAAUAGUGUGGUACAGGUAAGUUAUGCCUAAAAUUUCUUUCUUUUGUAUAAAGAUACAUGAUUUACCACUGCUGUAUUAUUUGUUGUUUAGCUACAGCCAAUUGACUCUUAGUUUGCUUUUUGGUGAUAGUUUGGUUUUGAUAGUUAUAAUGCAUGCAAUGUCCACAAUGUAUCGUUUUUAUUUUAUUUUCUGCGCAAACAAAUACUAUAAUUUAUUAUUAUACAUGCAUAUUAUUAUACAUGCAUUGAUGACAGUACAUCGAUUUAACUAUCACCAAAACCAAACCAACCUUUAGUGACAUUUCAUCCCAAAAGUGAUAUAAUUUAUUUAAAUACUAUAAUAACUAGUACAGAAACCAAACGAUGUAAACUACAAUACACCAAUUUUCUUAUAUACAUGUAUAUGAUUAUACAUGCAUUGAUGACAAUACAUCGAUUUAACUAUCACCAAAACCAAACCAACCUUUAGUUUGAAGUAUGAACUACCACUCUACGAUUCCAGCUACUUUUGUAUGUUGAGACGGUCGUUUUCUUUCAUCCUUUUCCCACUUCCUUUUUGUCCCAUUUUGAUGUGAUGACAAUAAUUAUGACAAUAGUGAAUCUUAUUCCGCCACCAAAUUACAAAUCAUGGCGACAGAAAUUCUACUAAGCGUUUUGCAUAUUAGGGCUCUAGAAUUACUCAAGAAACCUGGGAGUUAUUUUAAGGGAGCACUCAAUGAAAUUUGGGAAAUUUGGCGAGAAAUGAUGAAUUUGAAUUUCAAACGUUUUUUAAAUUUGCCCAACAGUUGCAUUAUAAAUGUCAAGAAAAAAUUCAUAACUAAAACCACUUUAUCAAAUAAGCGCAAAAGUUACAUUACUACAAUGAUCAUCGAUCUAAUUCCUACGCAAAUUUGAUUAAAAAAACCACGGCCACAUCAUAUAACACCUUUCUCAAUUCAUAGACAAAUGACACGAGUAGAGUUAGGAGUAAGAAUGUUUCUUGCAUAGUUGCAUAAUGAUAAUUGUUGGGCCUAACUGUUAUUUCGGGUAAAUGCCACAUUUGGUCAUUGAGAUUAAUAAAUCGUGUCAUGUUUAGUCACUAGAAAAAUUUAGUAUCAUUUUUUAUCACUCGAAUUACUGAAACAGGUCACAUUUAGUCACUCUCUCGUUGGCCUCCGUCCAACUCCGGUCACUCGAAUUACUGAAACAUGUCACAUUUAGUCACUCGAAUUACUGAAACGGAAUUGGACGAAAAUCGGGAGAGUGACUAAAUGUGAUAUGUUUCAGUAAUUCGAGUGACACAAAUAAUAUUAAAUUUUUCUAAUGAUUAAACAUGACACGAUUUAGUAAUACCAAAUGUGAUAUUUACCGUACUAUUUUUAAGGAUAAAAGUCAUCAAACCAAGUUUAAGCAUCUCUUCACGUGAAAUUUUUUAAUUGUUCUUCGAUUGAAACUCUUUUUCCUUAUCUUGGACGAAAAAACCAUACUCAAAACUUCACAAAUGUGAGUCCUUUACACAAUAAGGUUGAGGACACCGAAGAAAAAAGAAAGCCUCCGGAAUUAGCAAAACUGCAAUGAUGGUUGGCUACAGAAUUUCUGCCCGCCACAUCAUCAUUCUGUAAGGCUCAAACAAAGCUUUUUCCUAAUGAAUCAACUACCUUUUCCCAAUUUACUGUCUGAUUUUGUACCAUAUGGGUAAGCAUUGGUACGUGAAAUUCCUAACAUCAACAGAACAUGAUCAUUUAUUUGAAAAAAAGAUUUACCUCACCUUCCAGGCUCUUCCUUCUCCAGUGAACAAAUCUGUAGUUGUCUA